AUGUCCAAGGACACAAUUGUAGUGAUCGGAGCGGGCGUAAUUGGCCUUUCCACCGCACUAUGCAUCCAACAAUAUCUCACUCCGGCGCAAUCCAUCCUUCUCGUAGCCCGGGACUUCCCAUCGGAAACUUCCGUCAACUACGCCUCGCCAUGGGCAGGAGCCCAUUACCGCCCGGUGCCUGGCUCCUCGCCACAGGCCCUCAAGGAAGCGAACCAAGCGCAGCGCACGUAUGAGUGGCUUAAGCGAACUGCGGCCGAUGAGCCCGGCGCAGGCAUCCAGUUCCUCGACGGCGUUGAGCACCUCGAGGCGCCGCCACCCGAGUAUCUGGAUCAGCUGAGUGUGCGCAAUGUCUAUUCGCACCUGGAUAAGUUCCAACUUCUAGGGAAAGAAGAGGUGCCGGCUGGAGUGGUGUGGGGUGUGAAGUAUGGGACGUAUGUGAUCAACUCGCCUGUCUACUGUGCGCAUUUGUUGCGCAAGUUCAUUCUUAAGGGGGGUGAGGCGAGGCGGUAUACGCUCGCCAAUUUGAAGGAAGCGUUUAGUAUGGCGGGAAAUGUGAAGACCGUGGUGAACUGCUCGGGAACUGGGUUUGAGGACCCGAAGUCGUUUAUUAUCAGAGGUCAAACCUGUCUUGUCCGUAACCCUGUCUCUAAGACCAUUACUCGACAGAAUACGGAUGGCUCGUGGUCCUUCUGUAUCCCGCGUCCUCUCGAAGGCGGAACCAUCAUCGGAGGCACGAAGGAGCCGAAUAACUGGGACCCGAACCCAUCACUGGAAACCAGACACCGACUCCUCGACAACGCAAGCAAGUGGUUCCCUUUCACACCUGAGAGCGGCGGCCAGUUUGAUGUGAUUCGCGAUAUUGUCGGUCGGCGGCCGGCUCGUGAGGGCGGUCUGCGCAUCGAGGCAGAGAAGCUCGCUGAUGAUCGAUAUGUCGUUCAUGGGUAUGGUGCUGGUGGUCGCGGGUUUGAGCUGUCCCGUGGUAUUGCGGAGGACAUUGUAGCCGUGAUGCUCGAGAAGAGGCUACUGCAGGCAAAAGCCUCGCUGUAA